UCUCUCACACACACACUCUCCCUCUUUCUCUCACCAUUACACACAUCAUCCAUGGAUGAACAAAGCACACAACAAACACACACAAUCAUACCCACAUUUCUCAGAAAAUCCGACCAAAGCUCUUCCAUCACCCCUCACAAGUCUUUGCAUGUUUUUAGGAGAAGCCGAAGGCGGUGUAGAGAGGGUCCAAAUAUGCAACACGCUGUGAAUGAUUGUGUUGAGAAAAAGGAAGAAGAGGAAGAGGAAGAGGAAGAUGAUGAUAAGGAAGAGAUAGAGAAGAAGAUUCAUGCAUUGCAAAGGAUUGUGCCUGGUGGAGAGUCAUUUGGUGUGGACAAGCUUUUUGAUGAAACUGCUGGCUAUAUAGUGUCCUUGCAGUACCAAGUCAAAGCCUUGAGGGCUCUCACUGGCUUCUUUGAGAAGUUGGAGAAGGAGAAGACAAAGUUUGGAGGUUGAUGAUGAUGUUCAUCAUGAUGGGUAGAUGAACAUGAAGGGGAUGAAUGAAUCCAUGAUGGAACCUUAGGUUAUUAGGUUCUUUUGGUUUUUACCACAGACC